AUGCCAAAUCGUUUGGUAGGACGCUAUAAACGUAUGGGGGAAAUUGGUAGAGGUGGGUUUGGGAUGGUCGAGGAGUAUCUUGAUCUUAUUACAGGCGAGACGGUUGCUAUCAAAACGAUUCCUCCCUACUUUGUUCAGCACGAAUCUAAGCGCAUGAUUCGUGAGGUAGAUAUCAUGAGAUUCUUGCACAAUGCCCAUCCUCACGUUAUCGACUUCAUUGCGAUGUUCAUAACGCGAUGUCAGGGCGGCAUCUCUGCACAAGUCAGCAAUCCUGAACCCUACCCCCUAAAACUUGACGUGACGGGUCCGAUUUAUGAAGGGUUAGAUGACAACGAAAAGGCAAUAUUAUACCACGAUUAUAUUACUGAAGAGAUCGCAACGAUAAAGAAAGAGGAAGGUUUCAGUCUACAUAUUGUGAUGCCCCUCAUGAGGGGUGACCUCUUUUACUUUAUAAAUUUGUUGAGCUCGAGCUCAAGACAAAAACAACACAAACUUGACGAGGUUUUUUUAAAGCAGGUGGCGGCGGUUUUUGCAUUUCAGCUUAUUUUUGGACUGGACUGGGUGCAUAAGUGCGGUAUUGUUCACAGGGAUCUAAAGCCUGACAACGUCCUGGUGCGUUUGAACACGGCAAAUCCAUUUUACUCAUCUCUGUGCGUUGCAGAUUUUGGUCUUGCACGUAAUAUGCAGAGUAGCGAUACUUUUUACGUCUGCACGCGGAACUAUCGCCCACCAGAAGUCAUCACUAGUGCGAUUCUUAGCCAACUGAGCAUGGACAUCUGGUCGCUGGGGUGCAUUCUGUAUGAAAUGUGCACCUGCGAGACCCUUUUUAAAAUGCCUACAGCGCUUGAUAGCCAUGGCGUAUGGAACGGUAUGAUGGCGAGCUCUCAACUCGAGAUCAUCCUCUCUAUUGUGGGCACUCCAACAGAAGAAGAUAUUCUACAAUACAUGCCAGAAGGCAAUGCAAAGACCUACCUAUUGCGCAGCAUGGUUCGCCCCUCGCAGCUCGAGAGACUUAUGGAUCAGCGGUGGUCUUUGCCGACACUCCCGGAGGAAACCUUGCUCUGGAAAGACUUGAUCCAAAGCUGUUUGGCGUUCUUCCCCCAGCAGCGUCCGACGGCGGAAGAGCUAUCUCGGCACGAGCUCUUCAUUCAAUACCAAAUGAUUGUUGGACAAAACAUCCAUCAGAUAGAGACUCAGAUGUACACCCCCAGUAUUCCAGAAUCAGAACUAAAGAGUAAGACCUCUCAAAUCAACUUGCUUUUGCAAAUCAUCCACGACACCAUGGCCCAAACGAGGCCGAUCUUUGGCGAGGAGGACGAGAGCGAGGGGGAAUUAUUCCUGGAAGAAGACGUCAACCGAGAUUACUGGGACGAUAUCCGACAUCACACCUCAUCUAUGCCUGUACCCGCAUCCGCAACGGACGAUUCGAAGAAAACCCGCGAAAAAGACUACGAGGAGGAGGAUGGGAGCGACACGGUAUACUUUGGACGGCCCUGGAGUUCAAACCAAUAUAUCGGCCGCGCGUCUGACGCGUCCGCGGAGGAUUUGUGCUCUCGAAGUGGCAAGCCCAUGGAAUCGCUGGAGCUUCCCGAGGUGACCUCGCAGGACAAGUGCGCGAAAACAACCGAACCCACGCAUGAGUUAGAGCGCCAUGGGAAUCAGGCCCCUGGGGUGGGUAGCCAUUCGACGCAGGCGCCCCUUCAACCCACCACGCCUUUGGAUCUAUCCCUGCAGUGGGACUCCAUCUCUCAAAAGAAAUGCUCACCGCGGGGCUUGCACGCCGGGCCAUCGAAGGAGCGCAAUCAACCACACUACCCCGACGACGACGACGGGACUGGUGAAAUAAAGAAGGGCGUCGCCGGAGGGAAUCCUAUUGGAGGGAACCCAAAACACGAGACUAAGCCCGAAGGGUUAAGGAAUACCAAAGACACCUCCUACGAAGCAGGCUUGGAGCCCUCCCGGCCCUCCUCCAGUCAGAGCAAUCCCGCGGUGGUCUCGUCUGUGCCGGAGAAACGUACGGAAGAGAUGCCCUCGGCGUCUUUUAGUACGUUCGCCUACUUCCUUCAGCGAACCGGCACCGCGGCGAUUCACCAGGAUCCUGAAAUGCUCGAAAACUCAUCCUGGUCGGGCUAUCUACACGAGCAGCCUUAUCAAAACAACACGCACGUCUACAGCGUCGGGAAGUCCCACACUCUCCAGCGUGAGAUGGGUCAUAUCGGGCGAAGGCUCUAUUGCGAGAAAGAAGGGGGUUUGGAAAGCCAUCGCAGUUCCUUUUCGAGAAAAGGGCUUAAAAGCUUCUUCCAGGGCUCGGUUGAGAAGUUUCUGCCUUCGUCAGAUGCCACGUUAACCCCGCAUCCUUAUCCGCUGAAAGGCAAAAAACAGGAACCUCUCGAAGAAGAAGGUGGAGUGAGCGACAGCUGGCAAUGCAAAUUGAUAAGCGCUUCCUGCUAUGAUGUCCCGGCCGUGAACAACAAUACAUCGCAGUUUCAUUUUAAUAAGCCGAGACCGACGGCGACUCCUUUUCCAAAAAUUCAGACUUCCACGCUCAGGGCACGUUAUGGCAACCUAAAUCAUGAUGACGAUACUUUGCAGCUCGCUAUUGAGUCGAUUCUGAAUGAGAUGAAUAACAACCGGAGGGAUAUGGCGAUCUCUCUUGAGCUCCGCACUCUGCUCUCUUACUUUUGCGCGCUACGAAGAAGCUGA